UGAUUCGGUCGGAGGAAAGACAAGAGCACCGCUGCUGACAUCUACAAUGGUCAUCGUGUCUCCUCUUCCGGACAGCCUUUUGAAUGAAUCUGUAAAACCACUUUAAUUUCAGAAAACUCUGGAUUCAUUUCCCAGUCCCUCUGUGUAGGAGUUCACCUGCACUGAGCAUCGCAUCUUGUGGGAAACAGCAGAGGGAGCCAGACCGGGAGGAGCAGACUGACGACAACAUGCCCCCCAAGUUUAAACGACACCUCAACGACGACGAGGUCACGGGAUCCAUUCGCAGCGAGAGGAGGAACCUGCUGGAGGAGGAUUCUGAUGAGGAGGAGGACUUCUUUCUGAGAGGGCCGACAGGACCAAGAUUUGGACCUCAGAAUGACAAAAUCAAACAGGUGCAGUCGCAGGUCGACGAGGUGAUCGACGUGAUGCAGGAGAACAUCUCCAAGGUGAUAGAGAGGGGCGAGCGACUCGACGACCUGCAGGACAAGUCAGAGAGCCUAUCAGACAACGCAUCUGCCUUCAGUAGCCGAGCCAAACAGCUGCACAGGAGGAUGUGGUGGAGAGACAUGAAGAUGAAGAUGAUUAUUGCGUUGGUAGUCGUUGCUCUCCUGCUGAUUAUCAUCAUUCCAGUGAUCCUUCGGUAUCGCUAGUGACUGAUGAGGAGGAGAGGGGAGGGGAGCCUUCCUCUCCCUCUUCUUCCUCUUUCUCCCCCUUGCACAUAGUCCUCCACUCCAGCUAGGGGGCGCCAGCCAGCUUCCCACACCCUCUUCAGCGUCAGAUUGUGUACCCUCGAGGAUCUGGCCUCCACUUGGCCCUUAAUGCAGAUCUUAUAAUUGUAUUUUCACAUAAGUCUGCUGUAAGAUCAGCACUAAGGCUCGGUCUGAUCCCUGGCUCGAAACUAAACUCCAGAAAGGGGACACCGGGGGAAAGAACUGGGGAGAUAUUUUAUUGCAGUUUAGGAGAAAAAUGCUGACUCUCAGCCCUCUAGUCAAUGUGAAGGAGCGCUCCAUUCCAUGAUACAUAUCACAUGUAGGCACUGGCUUUGCCUUGACAACAAGGUCCUGCAUGUUCUGUCAUAUAGAUUCAUACUGUAAAGGCGGGGACUCCAUGCCCCCAGCUGCCUCUCUUAUUUAGCUCGUCUGAAUCUGCUGCAGCAGAUGAACCUCUGAUGUCUACCCAUGAUUCCCCGUGUGCUCUGAGAACGAUUAAAGGGUACACUUUGUGAAUGAAAGCACAUUUUUCCUGUCCAACACAAGGCGAGGGAACAUCUGAGGUUCAUCUGUCUGAAAACGUUUUUUUUUUUCUUUUUCUAAGUAAUCAUCAAAGAGGCUUUGAUUUCACUUUUCAGGUAUGUUUCCUCAUCAGCACAGAUGACCGGAAAAGGGACUAGAAAGGAAGCUCCAUGUGUUCAUACGACCACCUGCUUUCUCACGUAAAUCUCUUAUCGCUUCUUAUACUGUACAGAGGGACCGUGUCAAACCAAAUCACCCAGGUUAUGAAUGUUUCCUCACCUCUCUGCACUCCGAACCUCCUCGGUUGUGCUGAGCUCUGGGCCGCUUUGGUCACGGCUGUCCUACUUUCCCUGCUAGCGACAUCACACCGGCUCUCACCCCGCAGAUGGUUCCGUUCAAAUACUGCUUCUGUCUUUCUCCCACUGUUUUCAUUUCUGCCGAUUGCUCGGUGCGACGCUUCGUAUGAAUGCUGGUGUUCCCCACAGGAGGGACAGUUUUACCUCCUCGUUCUGUUGCAUUUUAAGGAGGAGGCAGUUUAUGUGACGCAAGUUUAAAAAAAAAAAAAGUUGAGCAUAGGUGUAACUGUGUCUGGAUUAACUUUACAUUUGUCAUCUUAUUAUUUUUAUUGUAAUUUAUUUUAGCUGUAAAUAUUGAUUCUGUAAUGAUGAUGUACAAUACUCCGGCAUUGCAUUGGAAGACUGUGAUUCUUUUUUUUCUUUUUUUUUUUGCUCUGAAAUAAAGUGAUUUUAAGGGGC